CCGAGAUGGGUGCUUACAAGUACAUCCAGGAACUAUGGAGGAAGAAGCAGUCCGAUGUGAUGCGAUUUCUUCUGCGGGUCCGCUGUUGGCAGUACCGCCAGCUCUCUGCGCUGCAUAGGGCCCCCCGUCCCACCCGGCCAGAUAAGGCGCGCAGGCUGGGAUACAAGGCCAAGCAAGGUUAUGUCAUCUAUCGGAUUCGUGUGCGCAGAGGUGGCCGCAAACGCCCAGUUCCUAAAGGUGCAACCUAUGGCAAGCCUGUCCAUCAUGGUGUUAACCAGCUGAAAUUUGCUAGAAGCCUUCAGUCUGUGGCUGAGGAGCGAGCUGGACGCCACUGUGGGGCCCUGAGAGUCCUGAAUUCAUACUGGGUUGGUGAAGAUUCCACAUACAAAUUUUUUGAAGUUAUCCUCAUUGAUCCAUUCCAUAAAGCUAUCAGAAGAAAUCCUGAUACCCAGUGGAUCACCAAGCCAGUUCACAAGCACAGGGAGAUGCGUGGUUUGACAUCUGCAGGCCGCAAGAGCCGUGGCCUGGGGAAGGGCCACAAGUUCCACCAUACUAUUGGUGGUUCUCGUCGGGCUGCUUGGAGAAGGCGCAACACUCUCCAGCUCCACCGCUACCGUUAAUAUAAGUAAUGUUUGUAAAAUUCAUGCCUAAUAAACAGUUUAGGACAG